CGAGUAGGGUUGGAUUUGGAUCUCGCCAUCUCGUCGUUUGUUUGUCUUCACGCUGCAAGUUGGUCAUCGAUCCAGCAGCGCAGGAGUUCAAGCGAGACCAGGUAGGCAGGCCGGAGGGAGAUCAGAUGGCGCAGGGGACGCUGGAGGUGCUGCUCGUCGGAGCCAAGGGCCUCGAGAACACCGAUUACCUGAGUAACAUGGAUCCGUACGCGGUUCUGAAAUGUCGCUCGCAUGAGCAGAAGAGCAGUGUUGCAUCUGGCAAGGGAUGUGACCCUGAAUGGAACGAAACCUUUGUGUUCACCGCCUCCCAGAGCGCAACAGAGCUCAUCAUCAAGCUCCUGGACAGUGAUGGUGGCACGGAUGACGACUUCGUUGGGGAAGCAACGAUUCCUCUGGAAGCAGUUUAUACAGAAGGAAGCAUCCCUCCGACUGUUUAUAAUGUUGUGAAAGAUGAAGAAUACCGUGGAGAAAUCAAAGUUGGUCUCACAUUCACUCCAGAGGAAGCUCGUGAUCAGGGUUACUGAACUUGUGUGGCCGGAACUGGAAGCAGUCGUCUUGAAAAGAAGCAGAUCCGUUGGUGUCUUGCUGCAAUUCUUUGACCAUAUCUAUGUAGAAGCCUGAGAGGAUAGUUUACUCGCAUACUUCACAUACUGUUGUUUUCUUGUGCGCUAAAAGCUGUAAUAAUGGUGUUGGCCACUUGUAUGAACUAUGGCUGAACUGCACUCUUGAUGUUCACUUAUUAUCUUGUCGUAAUUACAACAGGCAGAGGCUGCUGCAAGAGAUCA